AGGUCGCUCGUGUGUCGUGCGCCGCGGUCAAAACUACUCCGCUCCGAAUUCGGAUCCCCCCGAAAAGAACCAUGGGCCGCAAGAUAAACUUCGAGGAGCGCCCGAAAAAGGGCCCCGGCCGGAAGGCCCGCAAGCAAAAGGAUCCCGUCUUUGACAAGAACCUGCUGAAAGGCACGGAAGAUGAUCCCGAGGGCAAGAAGCUGUCCCACCGGCAAAAGGUGCGCGCCAAGAAGCGCAACGAGCUGAAGGCGCAGAAGCAGGAGCAGAACAAACAGGCCAAGGAGAAGAAGGGCAAACAGCGGCAGCAGAAGAAGGAGAAGGCCCAGAAGCGAAAGUAUGAAAGUGACGAUGAGGAGGAAGAGGAUGAGGGACGUGGUUCGCCGCAGGUAGAGCCGGAGCGGUUGCCGAUGAACGUGCAGAAGGCGCAGCAAAAGUAUGCGAAGCUGGCGAAGGCGAAGCCGGUGCCGCAGCAGGUUGAGGAGGACAGUGAGGAGGAGGAGGAGAGUGAUGACGAGCCGGAGCAGGGACGGAAGCGGGAUAUUUUGGCCAGCGAUGAUAGUGAGGAGGAGGAGGAGGACGAUGACGAUAGUGAUGCCGAGCCGGAGGCCAAGGUUGGCAAGUUGAAGGGUUUCAUGGAGGAUUCGGAUGACGAUUCUGGGGAGGAGGAUGAGGAAGAAGACGAUGAUGAUGACGAGGAUGCACUUCCGAUUGAACGGGCGGGGAAAAAGCUUCGGAAGAAGCAGAGCGAGGACGAGCGAUUGGCCCGGGAAGAGUUGGAAGAACAGAUGGCCAACAAGGCACCGUUUGAAUUUCCGGAUGAGAACGAGCAGGUGACCAACAUUCAGGACGUCCACAUGCGCAUCAAAGAGGUCAUCGGAGUGCUUUCGGAUUUCUCCGUCAAUCGGGACAAGAACCGAUCCCGGUCCGAGUACAUGGAGCUGCUGCAGAAGGAUCUCUGUCUGUACUACAGCUACAACGAGUUCUUCAUGCAACUGUUGAUCAAGCUGUUUUCACCGAAUGAAUUGCUUGAAUUCCUGGAAGCUUCGGAAGUGCAGCGACCGUUGACAAUCCGUACCAACAGCUUGAAAACCCGUCGGCGCGAUCUGGCCCAAGCCCUGAUCAAUCGUGGCGUCAACCUGGACCCCAUCGGAAAGUGGUCCAAGGAAGGUCUGGUCGUGUACUCUUCCCAGGUUCCGCUCGGCGCCACUCCGGAGUACCUGGCCGGUCAUUACAUGAUCCAGGGCGCGUCCAGUAUGCUCCCCGUAAUGGCCCUCGCCCCAGAGGAAAACGAACGCAUCCUGGACAUGUGCGCUGCCCCGGGAGGUAAAAGCUCCCACAUCGCCGCGUUGAUGCGCAACACCGGAGUCCUGUUCGCCAACGAUGUCAACAAGGACCGUCUGCAGGCCGUGGUCGGCAACUUCCACCGUCUCGGCAUCCAGAACGCCAUCGUCACCAGCGAGGACGGAACCAAGUACCGCGACAUCAUGACCGGUUUCGACCGCGUCCUGCUCGACGCCCCGUGCACCGGCUCUGGCGUCAUCUCCAAGGACCCGUCCGUCAAAACCACCAAAACCGAAAUCGACAUCCAGCGCUGCUACAACCUCCAGCGCAAACUGCUCCUAACGGCCAUCGACUGCCUCAGCGCCAACUCCGAAACCGGCGGCUACCUCGUCUACUCGACCUGCUCGAUCCUCCCCCAGGAAAACGAAUGGGUCAUCGACUACGCCCUGCGAAAACGCAACGUCAAACUGGUCCCCACCGGACUCGACUUUGGCGCCGAAGGCCUCGUCAACUUCUGCGGCCAAAAGUACCACCCCUCGAUGAAGCUGACCCGCCGCUUCUACCCGCACACCUUCAACAUGGACGGAUUCUUCGUCGCCAAGCUGCAAAAGUUCUCCGACGCCAUUCCCAAGACCCAGCCGGACGAAGACGAGGAAGCCGAAGAAGAAGACGAAAAGGAAUCCGGCAUCGAAGACCUCGGCAGCGACGAAGCGACCGAACAGCCACUCCCGAAGAAGAUCGACAAACGCGACUGGUACUACAAGGACAUCAUCGAGAAGCGGAAGAAGGCACGCGAAGAUCCGAACCACGUCGUCAAGGUGUUUGAGAAACCCGUCAAGAAGGAAAAGAAAAACAAGGAAGAGCCGAAAAUCGUAACACCGGAACAGAGCCCAGCCCCAGCGAAAACGCAAAGUUCCAAAAAGAAGAAGAAACAGCUUGAAGAGGUGGCAACGCCGGUCUCGACCCCCCUGAAAGCGCAGACCUCAACCAAGAAGAAGAAGGUGGUUGAGGAGGUGAAGACGCCCCAGGUCGCGAGUCCACCCGCGGCAAAGAGCCAGAGUUCGAUGAAGAAGAAGAAGCUGAAGGUUGAUGCGGAGGAGGUGGCAACGCCGAAGGCGAGUCCCGUGACGCCCAAGGUUAAGAGUUCGGCCAAGAAGAAGAAGCUCAAGGUUGAGGGUUGAAGGCGGACCGUUUGAAAUUUUGUGUUAAACUAUUCUACCGAGCACAUGUUUGUAUCAUGAUGGAAAUGAUAGAAAUUCAUGUUAUAAAACAGAUUUGUGAACAAUUUUCACAGUAUCAUGUUUAAUAAAGAUUGCUUUUAGUUAAGCAGAA